AUGGACGACGCUGUGGGAGACACAUUAAGACUGAAAGUGAUUGUUGUUGGAGAACCCUCUUCUGGUAAGACUAGCACAAUACACAAUUUUAUUGACACAAAGAUUGGGGUUGAGUUUUCGAGUAAAUUUAUCACGAUCAAUGGGAAGGAAUGUGAGUUACGGCUGUGGGAUAUAGCUGGGCAAGAUCAUUACAGUGGGAUGUCGAGGGUGUAUUAUUCUGGGAGUUUAGGAGCACUAAUUAUGUGUGAUGUCACGAAAAUGAAUACCGUCGAAGGGUCGUUGAAGUGGAAGCAUAGUAUAGACGAUUGCAUCUUUGUGAACAAUGAAAAGAUCCCAGUGCUUUUAGUCGGCAACAAAAGUGAUUUAUUAGAUGCGGCUGCAAUGGACACAAUGGCGACGAAACUGAAGGACGUUGCUGCUAAUAAUGGGUUUAAAGGAAUGCUUCUGGUCUCUGCAAAAACAGGAUAUAACCUCGACGAAACGAUGAAUAAUAUUGCUACACUCAUCAUCUCACAAUUCGGUGAUAUGCUUUAUAAGGAAAAGGCAGAGAGUGACGAGAACACACUCGACUUGCUUCCCAAACAACAAAACGAGAAAAAGUGUUGCUAG